CUAAUUUUGAAUUAAUUGCUUAUAAUUAAAAGGAAUCGUUAUUCAUAAAGAUGAAUCGAAAUUGUUUAUAGGAUUCAGAUUGUGUAAAGCGUACGGAUCAUCAAAACAUACACAUAUAAUAGACGGAGCGUCUCUGUAGAAAAAUACGCGCAUCGCUAUAUAGUCCACGCACCACGCAUGCGCACAAAGAUCUGGCAGAAAGAUUUCCCUCCAUUUUCCGUAUUAACACUGCCGAGCGGCAACAGCACGUACAAACAUGUUCACUUACGUUAAAUUUGAAGACGGAAUAAAAGCAAUUGUGGAUACAAAGGACAUAGUAGAUUUUAAUAUAAAAGACAUACAAUAUGAUAAAAAAUACCAAGUUAAAUGGGACGAUGGUCACUUUUAUUACGGAAUAAUAGGACGAAUGCAACAGAAAGCAAUUCUAGAAGAAACCAAAGAAGCAGUUGACGUAAAAAUAAAAUGUAAAAGAGUAGAGUUUUCGCCUCUGAAUCUUUGCAUCUCAGCAACAGAAGUUGAAAGUGAAUCAGACGUUGACGGCAAAAAUAGCUUAAAAGGAGACGAUAUAAAAAACAGAAUUGCUGCAAAAAUCAAGAAAUUAGACACUGCAUUAAUUCAAAAAAAUAAUAGUAAAAAAUUGUCAUCUAAUACUAACAAUGGAAGUCAUGUAAACAAAACAGCCAAAGUAAAAGAUCAUUUUCUAAGCAAGAAUGUAAAAAAAAAAGGGAUGUUAUCUAAAGAAGAUGGAAAAAAUGAGAAACAGAAUCAAAUAAAGAAAUCAUCAGUUUCUGUAAAAGAUUCCAGUAACAACACUUUGAAACAAUCAAUAUCGCAAAUAGAUAAGAAUAAGUCCGACAAACAACAUGAAUUAAUAAAAGGCAUGACAGAUAAUCACGAACAAGGUGAAAAACGUAAUGACAAAGUUGUUUUGUCAAAUACAGAAAAAGUACAUGAUUCAAAGGAAAAAGAAAUGGUAUCACCAGCUGUGAUUACCAAGAGUAAUUUAGAAUUGGGUUCUACGCAAUGCUCACAGAAUAGUUUGAUCAUUAAUGAUAAUUUUGAUACAUUACAUUCAUGUACGAAUAAUGAAAAAAGUGUUUGUAAUGACAAUAACAGCAAAACUAUACAUAAAACUCAACUUGAAAACAAUUUUACUGAGCUUAAAAAAGGAUCUAAAGAUAAAUUAUUAAAAAAGUGUACAGAUGGUACUAUAAAUAGAAGUCAAUUCGAUUUCGGCUACAAAUCAAAAAAAGGAGGGAUAUCUGCGAACAAAACUGGAUUAGAUAAUACAUCUAAUAUAAUAAAUAACCUGUAUUCCUCAAGCAAGGUCGGGAAGAGAGGAGACAAGGAAGUAAAUAGGAUAGAAAAUAAUGAAAUUAGCGAUCAUACUGCAUUAGAAUAUAAAUCUAAUAAAAACAGAGAAUUUGACAAAAAGAUAGAAAAAUUGCAAAGAAUGAAUGAAGAUCUGCAAAGACAAAAUUUGAAAUUAAAGAAUGGAAUUAAAAAUAAAGAACAAGUCAUUAAUGAUUUAAUGAAUUUAAAUAUGCAACUUCAAAAAAAAGUGAUCUCAGAAUAUCCCAAAGUUCAUGAGAAAAAUGAGGAAAUUCAAAUAAAAGUCUUGAGUAAUUUCGAUGAACUCAUGCGCAUGGUGUCCGAAUAUUUUAAAAGAAAUCCUAUGACGCAACAAAAUCAAGUUGGACAGCUUCCUGUAGGUUAUAGAAAUAUUGAACGUAACGAGGUUUAUCUUGGUUAUGGAGUAUACAUAUGUGCACGUCAAUAUGAUACAGUAUGUGUAAUCUCAAAAUCAUUGCCACAGUUUGUGAAAAAUUUGGCUAUCGCUGUUUUUGGCAUUAAAACUCUUCAAGAAAGUUCAGUGACUGGUAUUACAUCAAAUAGAAAUAAAAAUAAAGUACAAACUGCACCUAGACCAGCACUAGAUUCUACAAAAUUACAAGCCAUAAGGGCUGCUGUUAAAUAUUAUGCAAUGUCUGAGAAAGGUCAUGAUGAAGUAACAGCAGACUUUCAAGCACAACAAGUCGGAACUCAUAUCGCACACAAAAUUUAUGAACUCAAUAACUUGCCAACUCGAAAGAAAAAAAAGGAAGAGAUUAAUCCUGCGGAACUAUGUGAUGAUCCAAUUAAUGUUGAAAAUACUGAACCUGAUGAUCGAAAUGAUCGUAAUACACCAGAAAACAAUAAUUCCAGCGAGUCUAGUUCUCACUUAGAGACUCAAGCAGACAACAAUACGUCGGAAGAAAAGUCUGUGUAUGACGAAUCAUUAGAUUAUAAUAAUAAAGAAAAUGAAGAAAGUUCAAAAUUUUCUGAACAGGAGGACGAAAGAAAGGAAAGCAUGCAAAGUUCAACGUAUGAUACUACUGAUUCCAGUCAAGAUAGUGCGGAUGAUAUUGAGUGAACUUAAAUUAAAAAUCCUUUAUUUCUUUUUUAAAUAAAAUUAUUAUUAUUUUUCAAUAAAAUUAUAUUAUUAUCUAAAUACAAAGUCGUAUAAUAUAUUGCAAUAAAUACUCUAAGUCGUUCUAUGGAGCUAUUUCCAGUUAAUUUUUAUUAUAAUAAAAUAUUUUUGUUUGUACAUGUUUAUACAUGUUAAUACAUUAAACAUUAUAUGCAAUAUAUACGUAUAAUAAAGAAAAGUUUAUUUUA